CGAUUUUUGUAUUAUCAAGUGGAGGUUUAUCCUUAUCGGUGGAAAAAAUGAUUAAACGUUAUCUCAGGUUUCGACUUAGAUGACUCCUCAAGGGCAAGCAUCAUCACAGUUUCCAUUGUCUGUCAAUACUGGUUAGCUCGUAAGUUAUCUUUUCGAUUAUGGGUCAACACAAUUUCGACGUUGUCGUCGUCGGAUCGUGCAUGAUAGAUUUCGUGUGCUACACUCCAAGGAUACCAAAAAUCGGUGAAACCAUCCAUGGGAAUAAUUUUGAGGUUGGACACGGAGGCAAAGGAGCAAAUCAGUGUGUAGCUGCGGCCAGAUUAGGAGCUUCUACAGCACUAAUUGCAAGGGUAGGAGACGAUGAUUUUGGAAAGAAAUACAUCAAAGAGCUGAAAAAUCAAAACAUCAAUACUGAAUUCUCCACCAUAACUGAGAAUCAUAUGAGCGGAAUGGCCCAAAUCACAGUUACCGAGAAUGGUGAUAAUUGCAUUGUGAUAGUUGCUGGCUCUAAUAAUAAACUAUGUUUUGAGGAUGUGAAGAAAGCGGAAAAUGUACUUUUAAAUUCAAAGAUUGUGUUAUUUCAGCUUGAAACCCCAUUGGAAACAACAAUUAAAACUUUGGAAUUCAUUAGAAAAAAUGGAGGUCCUGUUACAUUUGUCAAUGGAGCACCUGCAAUUUCAAAUUUUGACUUAACAGUAUUAAAAUUGUGUGAUGUGUUUUGUGUAAAUGAAACCGAGGCUUCCGCCAUAGUAAAGGUGGAGAUCUUAGACAUCGCCACUGGUAAAGCAGCAGUGGAAAAACUUCUUGAACUUGGUUGUAAAAUGGCGAUUCUCACCAUGGGAGCUCAGGGAGUAAUUUUUGGUGAUUCUCCCUCCAAUAUACAACACGUACCUACAAAGUUAGUGACACCUGUUGAUACGACUGGAGCUGGAGAUUGCUUUGUCGGUGCCUAUGGAUUUUACACUGCUAACUUCCCAUCGUUGUCUACAGAAGAGAAAAUAAAACGAUGUGCGUUCAUCGCAUCAGAGUCAGUCUUAAAGAAGGGAACUCAAAGCAGCUACCCUCUAAGAUGUAACUUGCCUGAUCAUUUAUUCAUUAGCCUUGAGUAAAAGUUGAAUCUAGUAAUUAUAGCAUUUAUAAUAAACUUAUAUUUAUGUUUUGCCCAUUUACUCAUAUUUCACUGACUUAUUUUUAUUCUGAUGUGCACUUCUAACUAGAAUUAUUUCAACAUUUCAUUUAUAUUUCUUUGUACUUACCAACAACUACAUUUGAUGGUUUAAAUUACAAGUACUAUUAUUUUGAAUCAAAUGUUCUCAUAUUUUCAUUUUACAGAAACCUUAAUCUAGGGCAAGAUUAAAGACACUGAAUUUACCUUCGCUCGCAAGUGCUGUAUUUGUUUAAACUCACCCAAAAAGUACACUAAAACAAUGUGAAGUAACAUCAGGGUAAAAGUUUUCAACAAGGCCACAUACAUUAUAAACAGAAUGACACCAAGUGAUUAGGGUGUCAGACUCGUAUUUCCACAGUAGCAGUUCUGGGUAUGAUCCCAGCAGAGGCCAUGGUUUUUUAAUGUAUUGUAUGAAAAAUAUUGAUCAAGUUGGAUGUUAAGUCCUCCUGUAUGACAGAAAUUAAUUUACUUAAUAAAAAGAACUAGUUGUGUUACCUGA